UGUUGCCGUUGGUGACGCGAUUUGUAAAAAAAGAAGGAUGGAGAAAAUAUAAAAAUAGAGAUGGAGGGGAGCCUUAUAUUUAGCCUCCGCGGAAGCAAAUUUUACUAGGUUAGCUACGCGCGUAGCUAUAGUUUGAGUUUCGGAGGCCGGAGUGGAAACUAACGUUAGCUAGUCAACCUCACCUAUGUGAUCGUCCUUCCUUCCCCGCCGCAUGCGGCUACAGUCAGAGCCAGACAACAAAAUAGCUAAUCGCCAUUAUAUGACCCAGUACCCAGCGUCAUUAUUGCCCUCCAUGUGGGUGAGGGGCUUGUGUGUGUCAGAUUAUGGCGAGAAAAACAGUUAGCAGGAAAAGAAAGGCAGGGGAAUCCAAGGACCAACAACAGUUGGGCUGGUGCCAGUCGGCGUACAAGCGGACACGCGUGUCUUCCUCGUCCCGGCACGCCCAGCAGUGGUGGCGUAGUCUGCGCUCGGUGGUGUGCGCGCUCCGGGGCCGCGAGAUCCGGCCUCAGCAGCAGCAUGAGUGGCGGCUCCAGCGUAGCCUGCGGGGCUUUGCUGCCGGCCGCCUCCCGGGCAUCCUGAAGGAGCAGGAGUUCUCCCUGGGCUGCCUCAACAAGGUGUUCGCCUCGCAGUGGCUCAACCACCGCCAGGUGGUGUGUGGAACCAAGUGCAAUACGCUAUUUGUGGCAGAUGUUCUGACAGGGCAGAUUACCCGCAUUCCCAUGCUGAAGGACCGGCAGGGCCAAGGAGGGGGAUCCGGGGGGAUUGGGGGGACAAUAGGGGCCCCCUUCCUCGGAAGUGGCUCCGGGCUGGACCAGCAAGGCUGUGGGAUCCACGCCAUCGAGCUCAACCCCUCCGGCACUCUGCUGGCCACCGGCGGAGACAACCCCAACAGCCUGGCUGUCUACUGGCUGCCCACCCUGGACCCCGUCUGCGUGGGAGACGAUGGCCAUAAUGACUGGAUCUUCUCCAUUGCAUGGAUCAGCGACAGCAUGGCGGUGUCUGGGUCCCGGGACGGUUCCAUGGGGCUGUGGGAGGUAUCCGAACAGGUGCUGAGCCAGGCUAUGAGACAGCAGGAUGAGGAGGGGGUCCCCUGCUACUCUCACAUCUCCCACCGUGCCCUGAAGGACAUCCCCAAGGAAUACACUAACCCGUACAACUGCAAAGUGCGGGCCCUGGCCUUCAACAACAACCACAAGGAGCUUGGUGCAGUGUCCCUGGAUGGCUAUUUUCACCUUUGGAAGGCAGAGCAAAACUUGAGCAAGCUGCUGUCCACGAAGCUGCCUCACUGCAAGGAGAAUGUGUGUCUGGCGUACGGUCAGGACUGGUCGGUGUACGCAGUGGGCUCUCAGGCCCAUGUGUCCUUCCUGGACCCCCGGCAGCCCACUCACAACAUCAAAUCAGUCAGUUCCCGGGAGAGAGGAAGCGAGGCAACACGAGGCAUCCGCUCUGUGAGUUUCUAUGAGCACAUAGUGACAGUGGGCACGGGACAGGGCUCUCUGCUCUUCUAUGACAUCAGAGCCCAGAGGUUCUUGGAGGACCCUUCCAGCCCGGCCAGCGGGUUCCGUCAGCGCCCAGGAGAGGGGAUCCUUAAACUCACCACAGGGAAGGGCUGGCUGAAUCACGACGAGACGUGGCGGAGCUACUUCUCGGACAUUAACUCGUUCCCCAACGCUGUGUACACACACUGCUACGACGACUCUGGCACCAAGCUGUUUGUGGCCGGCGGACCGCUGUGCUCGGGCCUUCACGGCAACUACGCAGGCCUCUGGAGCUAGCCUUCUCUCAUCCAAUGUCUCGCCAUUUCUCCUUACCCCACCACAGUCCCCCCCUCUGCUCCUCCUUUUGGUGUUACUCACUUAGUCAUCCCUUCAGUCUUGUCCCUCCCUCCCUCCCUCCCUCCCCACCAUCUUGUCACCACCUCUUUGUUGCAUCCCUUCAUCCUCCCUUGCACUUUGUCCUGUCUUCUUUCAGUUCCCUAAUCUCUGCUCCCCCUUUGUUUUAGAUACAGUGCAUUCGGAAAGUAUUCAGACCCCUUGACUUUUCCCACAUUUUGUUACGUUACAGCCUUACUC